UUCCCUCGGGGCCUGGUGAGACGCAUACAGGAUCUCUUCGAGCUCCCUUAGGGAGCGGCUCCAAUAUGGGAAACCCCACCGGAAAGGUCACCUAGCUCUUCUCCACGUCCCACCUCAUUGCCGCCCCCCAGCGCUCCGUAGCCCUUACUAUCGAGCGGAUUAACCUCCAAGGGCGUCCCGGGCCUUGCCUUGGCUUCCGGCCCGGCUUGGGCCCUGGGUCUUUGUGGGCGCUGCCAGCCAGACUUAUGUCCAUUUCGAAGGGAAUCUCUAUGGGCAGCCUGAUUACUGUGGAGGCUUGGGGUCGUCCCAGGCGACCUCGGAAAUAGGUUCUUAGGCGAAGGUGGCCGGAAUGAGCAGGGUCUGGUUGUUGCACUGGUGCUGCUAUCACUUUGUGCAAAAGCAGAGGUGAUUUUUAAGGACUAGGCACGCUUUCACAGAGAAUGAUGUUGUUAAUAAUAACCUGUUCUCUGUGUGAAGGCUGGCAGGCCUCACACAUAGGCUCUGUCUACAGGGCCUCGACGUCUGUGAAAGUGGGACUUUCUCUUUCUGAGUUUAAGAAACCCUUUGUAAAACGCUGCAGUGACCUAGAGAAAUAAUAUGGCAUGAAUGCUUUACUCUGGUCUCUUACUCUGUCAGUAAAUUGUUCAUAGGUGAGGUAGUUUUCCAUCCUGAAAUCGAGAACUCAGAAUAAACCAACUGAUAUUCAUGUUUGCCUAACAGGUUAACAAUCAAGAUGGUACAUGCUGAAGCCUUUUCUCGUCCUUUGAGUCGAAAUGAAGUUGUUGGUUUAAUUUUCCGUUUGACGAUAUUUGGUGCAGUGACAUACUUUACUAUCAAAUGGAUGGUAGAUGCAAUUGAUCCAACUAGAAAGCAGAAAGUAGAAGCUCAGAAACAGGCAGAAAAACUAAUGAAGCAAAUUGGUGUGAAAAAUGUGAAGCUUUCAGAAUAUGAAAUGAGUAUUGCUGCUCAUCUAGUAGACCCACUUAACAUGCAUGUUACUUGGAGUGAUAUAGCAGGUUUAGAUGAUGUCAUUACGGAUCUGAAAGACACAGUCAUCUUACCUAUCAAAAAGAAGCAUUUGUUUGAAAAUUCUAGGCUUCUGCAGCCUCCAAAAGGUGUUCUUCUCUAUGGACCUCCAGGCUGUGGUAAAACACUAAUUGCCAAGGCUACAGCUAAAGAAGCAGGUUGUCGGUUUAUUAACCUUCAGCCUUCAACAUUGACUGAUAAGUGGUAUGGAGAAUCUCAGAAAUUGGCUGCUGCUGUUUUCUCCCUUGCCAUAAAGCUACAGCCUUCCAUCAUCUUUAUAGAUGAAAUAGACUCCUUUCUACGGAAUCGUUCAAGCUCUGAUCAUGAAGCCACAGCCAUGAUGAAAGCUCAGUUUAUGAGUCUCUGGGAUGGUUUGGAUACUGAUCAUAGCUGUCAGGUUAUAGUGAUGGGAGCUACUAAUCGUCCUCAGGACCUAGACUCAGCUAUAAUGAGAAGAAUGCCUACAAGAUUUCAUAUCAACCAGCCUGCUCUAAAACAAAGAGAAGCAAUCUUGAAGCUCAUCUUGAAAAAUGAAAAUGUGGAUAGGCAUGUAGACCUGCUAGAAGUUGCCCAGGAAACCGAUGGCUUUUCAGGAAGUGACCUAAAAGAGAUGUGUCGAGAUGCUGCCCUCCUCUGUGUCAGGGAAUAUGUUAAUUCUACAUCAGAAGAAAGUCAUGAUGAAGAUGAAAUUCGGCCUGUGCAACAGCAGGACCUCCAUCGGGCAAUUGAAAAGAUGAAGAAAUCAAAGGAUGCAGCAUUUCAAAAUGUUUUAACACAUGUUUGUUUAGAUUAAGAGUAAAGAUCAUUUGUACAGUUUGGUGAUCUAGUUCGGUGUGCCCUCUUAUUAUGGAAAUAGAGUGAAAGGAGUGCUCUUAAAACAUUGAGGGAGUUCCACAUUUAUGAUUUUUUACUCUGAAUUCUAAGUUAUUGAGGUAUAGUUGUUAUGUAAAUGGCAUGACUACUUGUCAGAAAUCAUGAGGAGGAACAAUGUAAUCCAGCCCAAGUGUGGGUGCUUGUGUUUGACCUCUUUAGCCAUAUGUUGUUAUAGCCUUAUAGAAUCUAAGCUGGUCUUAAAGUAAUAAAUGAUUCAUUGGGUCGUUAGUGAGAAAUGGGAAUGUGGUAGGUGCUGGUUCCUAGACAUGUAUGUAUGAGUGUGUGUGAGAGAGAGUAUGUACGUGUGUAUAUUAAUUGUAUAUAUCCACACAUUUUUUUAUUGACAUUCUGUAGAUAUGUUUGAAUACAGAAACUUUUUUUUACCCCAGCUACUGAAUCCAAAAGUACCAAAUAGUAUAAGCAAAACUAAGAUUUAAGGUUAUGUUCAAUAGGUACAGUGAUUCAGCCAUUUCUGAUUGUCAUUUGUUUUAUCUUUUUAAAACUGAGCAUUUCUUUAUCUGCAGUUGAUUAGUUGAAUCAGCUACAUCUGAAUAUGUCCUUGUGGCUUUGUCAUAAUGGUUGUCAGGAUAAUCAAAUAAAAAUACUUGUUCAGUGAUCAGCAUUGGAUGGUUUUUAGGCAGACGUGGUCAACACUGAUUUUGCCUCUUUCUGCAAGCACACUGAGUAGACUUUUUAAGUUCUCAAUUGAUUUUUAUUAAGGUGGAUUGAAAGCCUUUCAGAAGAAUAGGUUUGAAAAACCUCAGUGCCCUUCAUGUACAUGACUUUCCUUUCUUCUUUUAAUGUAACAGAUGGUUCUGUUGUAACCAUGUUUCUUAAAUGUUAUUUAAAAGUUAUAUGUUCUUUAAUUAUGGUCAAAUAUAAUUUGGUCACCAAAAAUGAAAUGAUAGUUUAAAAUAAGUAGCUGUUACUAAAUGCUAAGAAUACUCAUUUUGUAGCUUUAAUUUAAAACAUUUUUUUCAAUGUAUUAUAAAUUAUGGCCUCAUUAAGUACAAAAGUACACAUCAGAAUUCCUAUAUUAUAUCUGUAGUUAUUUGAUGCUCUGUAACUACACAAAAAACUUUAUUUUAGUUUCAAAUUCCACUAACCAGGAAUUUUGUUAUAGGCACCUGAAUAUACAGCAUGAGUAAAAUGGCAUGACACAAUCUUAAGGUGCCUUUUGAAUCAUCAGAAAGAUUAAAUUAAGUUUCAGAUGCUUUUGUUUUUAUUAUAUUUCUUUGAAAACUCAAUCAUUGUUAAUGAGUUAUUGGAUUAAUUUAAUUUCUCUGAUAAUGUCUCUCACAAGAACCUUUUGGAUAGUUUUUUUCUUUCAUUUGUACUGUGGUGGGAUAGAGGUUGCAGAACAUUUUGAUAACAAAAAGCAAGUUAUGAAAGAUUGUAAGCAUGAUGGAAAAAGGAAUGCAAAAUAUAAGAUACCAAAAAUUUAAAAAUUUUUUCCAUUUUUAAUAACUGUAGUAUAUAUACUAGUGUUUUAUAAAUAUGUAAUAAAGGGGUCCCUCUUGAUUUUU